CAAGAGAAAAUCUAUAUAAAAGAAGUUUCCAUGGCGAAGAAAUCAAACACUUUCCUACUUCUAUAUCACAACGCAGGCCAGGCGGGCAACAAGUGGCAUUAGAAGCAAAACACGAUGGAAAUCAAGUCUGAAAUCGUUUCCAGGCAAACAAUCAAACCCUCCAACCCAACUCCUCCCCACUUGAAAACCUUCAAGCUUUCUCUUCUAGAUCAACUCACCCCUGGCGUCCAUGGCAACAUGACCUUCUUCUACCCCUCUAAUAACACCAUUGAUUCCAUAGCUGAGGACUUCUCCGACAAAUCCAAGCUCCUUCAAGAAUCAAUAUCCAAAACACUCUCGCUCUUCUACCCACUGGGCGGACGUUUCAAGGACGCUGCUACUAUUGAUUGUAACGAUGAGGGUACUUUCUUUGUCGAAUCCAAAGUCAACAUCCAGUUAUCCGAGUUCCUUAAUCGACCUGACUUUAAUCUGAUGGAUCAUUUUCUACCAACUACUGAUCACAAAACCACGGAAUUGUCCAAUGGUGCCAUGUUUCUCGUUCGGAUCACUAGCUUUACUUGUGGUGGUGUCGCUGUUAGUCUCUCUCUUACUCACAAGCUCGCUGAUAUGUCAGCUCUGCUCGCUCUCCUCCAGAGCUGGUCAUCGAUUUGUCACGGAUUGAGUUACCCCGUGACCCCUGAUCUCAUGGGAGAAAAGUUUUUGGCACCCAAUGAUCAGCUUUCUGCCAUGUCUUCAAGUGUUAAUAUUGAUGCUGAAAAGUUUGUGAUGAGGAGAUUUGUUUUCGGUGAAUCAAAGAUUGCAGAACUGAAGGCUAAAGUCGAUCAGGAAUUUAGAGAAGUGAUGCAAAGCCAUCCCUCUCGGGUGGAGGUGGUUUUGGCUCUGAUAUGGAAAUGUGCGGUGGCUAAUAAGAAACAAAAAACAGGGUCCGUCGGGCCAACAGCAUUGUUUCAAGCUGUCAAUUUGCGCACAAGGAUGUCUCCUCCGCUACCAGACACUGCUUUUGGGAACUUUAUAUGGCCAUUUAUGGUGCUUGCAAAAGAAGAAAAAGAUUUGGAGCUACAUGAGCUAGUGAUUCAAAUGAGAAAAUCCUUCAACGAAUUCAAUAACACCACGGCAAAUAUGUUCAGAGGCGAAGGGGCUCCUUUGGCGGUCAUGGGGGCCUUGAAAGAGAGAGGAGAAUUCUUCAGAAACAACAGAGAAAUGACAGUUUACAAGUGUUCAAGUUGGUGCAGGUUCCCCUUAUAUGACACUGAUUUUGGGUGGGGAAAGCCACUAUGGCUUGUCAGUAUAAACAAAAUGGUGAGUAAUACAAUUGCUUUGGCUGACACACGAUCCGGUGAUGGAAUUGAAGCUCUCUUGACUUUGGAUGAAGAAGAAAUGGCUUUAUUUGAACAAAAUGAAGAGCUCCUGAAAUAUGCUACUCUGAACCCCAGCAUUAAUGCUUGAUUUUUUGCUUUCUGCCCACUGCAAUGUGUGAU